AUGUCACCAGGACUCUGCUCUGUAUGCCACAGUCCAGCGACUCGACCAGUCCUGAUUCGCAUGUGCUGCAAGAAAACCCAUACUCACUGGCACGAACAAAAGUGCUACGAGAGAUGCGUCCACCGUGCUGGGAACCUUCUACAGGCCGCUUUCCUUCGCUUCCGCGAGAUCGGCUUCGACCAGAAGAUCAAGAAAGUCCAGAAGGUUGACGACAUUCUGCACAUCACCGAAGAUGAGUACCAGACAGACAUGAGAACAGCAACAGAAGGACCGCUCUUCCCAUUCCCAGAUCAUCUGGUCCAGGACUCGGAAGAUAAGGCGAAGGUCUUGACAUACAAUGCUUGCUGCGAUGCAUUAGGCUACGUGUUCGAGUUCAGUCAAGCUUUGCUGGAUGGCAUCGCCAAAAAUCUUGAGGAGAUCGACUUCAACCUCAAGCGCGAGCAUCUCAAGACACGCCGCUACACUUGCAGUGGUUAUGCGAAGGUAUCUACCGUCUAUAGCGUUCUCGUCAUGCUCGCCUUCUGUGGCGAGGACUGCGUCGUUGAUCUUGCCGGCGCUCAAUUCGGCCAGCAGCGCGCCAUCGUACCAUUCCAGCAGUACACGGAUACAUACCUUGAUCCGAACAAGAACCACACCGUCCGACCACUGCCACGAGGCUCCAAUGCUGAGGCCAUUCGUGCGAUUCGGGACGGCGAGAAGGACCAUGAGUUUGAUGAUCAGUACGAAUUUCGUGUUCAUGAGAUCCAUCAUAAGCUGGAUGUCGCUUUGCUCGAAGGAUGA